CUCUAAGGUUAAGCAGAUUUAUAUGUGAAAGGACAACCUGCAGUUGACAGAGUGAAGACAUGUGCCACUUCUUGUUUACACCAGUUCUGCAAAGCUAAUCCCAGAAUCUCUGCCUUUUCUUGGUAUUUUCAAACUCAAUAAAAACACAAAGACUUGAGGAGCAGAGUAGGUGGCACAUUUUAAAUACUUUUUCAAAUGGUGCUUUGCUUCAGUGUGUUCUCAUUACUAAAGCAGGGCAUUUGCUGAAAUAAAAAAAGAAAUUGUGCACAAAGCAAAUGAAUAUGCUGGGAAAUAUAAAGUCAAGAAAAUUAAUGAGUGUUAACAACAUCCAUGGUGCAGCCAAGAUCAGACCUGUCUGUACCAAAAUCAGCAUCUUCAUUCAAGGACUUCCCUCUCUCACUCUACAAAUUCUUCUCAGUGGUACCCAAAUUCUUCUUGAAGCUGAUGGAAGCAAGCUCUGACUAUUCUAUAAACUAAUUCUCACUGAACAAGAACCAUCCUUCUGAAAUCAGCAGAGGCUACAUUGCUGUAGGUAACAGAGAAUCACAGUCACAUGCUGGAAAAGACCCUUGAGAUCACUGAGUCCAACCAUUAACCCAGCACUGCCAAGCCCACCAGUAACCUGUGUCCCUAAGCACCAUGCCUGAUGGUCUUAGAGGCCUUUUCAACAUAAACCAUCCUAUGAUUUUAUGACUCCAGAGAUCUGAUGGCAUAGCCACUUUUUUUAUCUAACUGUGCACCCAGUCCCGGUGUAAAGCAUUCCCUUGGAUACACAGCAGAGGAAUUGCUGGCAGAAGAACCUGUUUAGGUUUGGCACAUAUGCAACCCACAGCUUUUUGCCUGUGUGUCCAAGGUUUUGCUCUGAGCUGUUGGGGCUCUGCAGGGCUGCAUGACCCUGCCCUGUGCUGCAAGCAGACAAGUGAAGCCCGAAGGAACAGUCCAGCUGCAUUUCCCUGAGGCUGCCCCACAACACAGGGCAAGAAGGAGCUCCUGGGAUCAGAGGCUUGCCCUGGAGUCCAGUUCUUGGACUCAGAAGGUGACACAAGAGGGCAAACAAUGGUUUUCCAAGAAAACUCCCCUGUGGACUCUUUACAGACUAUCCUCACCUGUCCCCAGAGCCUUCUGGGAAGGAAAUGGCCACCUGCCAGCUCCUCAAAUCCUGACCCACUUUUCCUGAGAACUCAACAAGGGAGAGUUUCACAGACAAGAGGAAAUCCCUAAACAACAUGCAGCCCAGAGAGUGGAAAGUUUUUUUCUUGGGGGAGGUUGGGUUUGUUGUGAUUCUUCCCCCCCCUCCUCCAACUUCCCAAUGAAUGCAUCUGGCAGCUCUCUGUCCCUGCCAGUGCAGGAUCCUGGCGGAAACCAGAGCUGGGAGGGCUCUUCCUGGCUGGGACAGGCUUCCCAGGAGGGUGAGGGAUUUACACUGGCCACCUCUCGCCGUUGUCCCCAGCGGUGUCACACUGAGGGCCAUGUGCAGUGGCAAGCUGCAGACGGCUUUGCUGGUGGCCGGCUACUUUGUGUACCUGCUGGUGGGUGCUGCGGUGUUCCAGGCCCUGGAGAGGACUGCAGAGAAGCAGGAGAAAAUGGCAGCUGCACAGAUGAAGGAGGCUUUUCUGCAGAACUUCACGCAGCUCACGGUGGCAGAGAUGGAGCAGUUCAUGAAGGUAUCUCUCACUGCUUUCCUUCUGAUUGUGGUCACUUGGAUGCUUCCAGCAAAUCACUCUGUGGUGUGAGCAGGCAGCUCACUCUGAUGAACCUGAUUGAAGCCAUUCAAAAUGGAGUGUACCCUGUUGGAAAUGAGUCACAGUUUGAAGAGAGCAACUGGGAUUUCAGCAACUCCUUCUUCUUUGCAGGCACAGUUGUCUCCACAAUAGGCUAUGGCACAUUACAUCCUAAAACUGUUGGGGGACAGAUCUUCUGUGUGUUUUUUGCUCUUUUUGGAAUCCCUCUGAACAUUGUUUUUCUGCACCGUGUCGGUAAGAUGCUCUCACUGCUCUGUAAAAAGCUGGGGAAAUUCCUGUACGAGAAAGGAAUGAGAAAGAAGAAGAUCAAAUUUCUGACCCUUCUGUUCUUCCUGGCCACGGGGAUCCUGGUUUUUCUGUGCUUGCCUUCAGUCUUCUUCCAGAUAACAGAGGGCUGGUCCUACAGUGAAGGGAUUUACUUUGCAUUUAUCACCCUCAGCACCAUUGGCUUUGGAGAUUAUGUAGUAGGCAAACAGUCUGACAGGAAAUACUUUUCCUACUAUCGAGUGCUUGUGGCCAUUUGGAUUAUUUUUGGCCUUGCCUGGAUUGCUCUGCUGUUUAAUUUAUUGACAACAGUAUUAGAAGAUACUGAAAAAAUAAUUGUCAAGGAUCUCCAGCAAAUUGGAAAGGUGAGUAAGGACAGUGUGGGAAGCCAGCAAAGAAGAUGCUGGCCUGUUCAAUUUAUUCCAGAAGAAGAACUGCUACCACCACGUGCUGGAGGGGAUGCACAGAAAAUGGAGUCAUUAACAGCAGAUUCUGAACACACAAAAAAUGAAAAAAAAGUGUUUUCUAAUAGCAAUACUAUUGCCUUAACGUGUUGAGAAUUGAAUUCAUCAUUGAACAAUUGCUAGUUAAUUAUUCUAAAGAAAUUCCCAUAGAAAUAAAAUUUCUCCUACCUUUUGCUGAGAUAAGAUCUUUUAGAACUUAAGACUUACAGUUACACAAAGCCUGAAUAUUAAUGGUAAGAAAUUUGCUCCUCAGUUUGCAGCUGGGUUGUGCUAACAACCUGAGAAGUGCACUUGCUUUGCAAGGUGUUCUUAAGGUGCUUUCACAAAAAAUGCAGAGGAGGGGCAUGGAAGAGCUUGCUGGUUCUGUUCGGAUUUUGCAGCUUGCAAGAAAUCACGUCUCUUCCAGGAACUGACAUGCACAAGCUUUUUUGGGGCAUUGCACAGCACUUCUGGAAAAAGAAAUGAGGGUAUAUAACUUAAUAGAUGCCUGACUUGAGCCAUCAUAUUGGAUAAGGUGUUAUGAUCUCAAAGACAUGUUUAAAUGACAAGAACUGAGCUCAGUUCAGAGACACUAGAAGCAUCUAAUGGACAGGGUUAUGAAAAGGUUAGCAUGUUAGAAGUGAUUGAUUCUACCUCUUCCUGGUUUAUACUAAGAUGAAUAAAGGCAAUUCCAGCUUUUAUCCCUGUA